AUGAGUGCAAUGGUUCUGCGCCUCAAACAGGCGGGCAUCAACACGCAAGUCUUGCAGGUGCAUUCCCCUCUCCUGCUUGCAUUCCACCCCAUCCACCCCUGGUUCCCCCUCUCCUGCUUGCUUUCCACCCCAUCCGCCCCUGGUUCCCCAUCCCUUGCUUGCUUUCCACCCCAUCCGCCCCUGGUUCCCCCUCUCCUGCCUGCUUUCCACCCCAUCCACCCCUGGUUCCCCCUCUCCUGCUUGCGUUCCACCCCAUCCGCCCCUGGUUCCCCCUCUCCUGCUUGCUUUCCACCCCAUCCGCCCCUGGUUCCCUCUCUCCUGCUUGCUUUCCACCCCAUCCGCCCCUGGUUCCCUCUCUCCUGCUUGCUUUCCACCCCAUCCGCCCCUGGUUCCCUCUCUCCUGCUUGCUUUCCACCCCAUCCGCCCCUGGUUCCCCCUCUCCUGCUUGAUUUCCACCCCAUCCGCCCCUGGUUCCCCCUCUCCUGCUUGCUUUCCACCCCAUCCACCCCUGGUUCCCCCUCUCCUGCUUGCUUUCCACCCCAUCCGCCCCUGGUUCCCCCUCUCCUGCUUGCUUUCCACCCCAUCCGCCCCUGCUUCCCCCUCUCCUGCUUGCUUUCCACCCCAUCCGCCCCUGCUUCCCCCUCUCCUGCUUGCUUUCCACCCCAUCCACCCCUGGUUCCCCCUCUCCUGCUUGCUUUCCACCCCAUCCGCCCCUGGUUCCCCCUCUCCUGCUUGCUUUCCACCCCAUCCGCCCCUGGUUCCCCCUCUCCUGCUUGCUUUCCACCCCAUCCGCCCCUGGUUCCCCCUCUCCUGCUUGCUUUCCACCCCAUCCGCCCCUGGUUCCUUCUCUCCUGCUUGCUUUCCACCCCAUCCGCCCCUGCUUCCCCCUCUCCUGCUUCCUUUCCACCCCAUCCGCCCCUGGUUCCCCCUCUCCUGCUUGCUUUCCACCCCAUCCGCCCCUGGUUCCCUCUCUCCUGCUUGCUUUCCACCCCAUCCACCCCUGGCUCCCUCUCUCCUGCUUGCUUUCCACCCCAUCCGCCCCUGGUUCCCCCUCUCCUGGUUGCUUUCCACCCCAUCCGCCCCUGGUUCCCCCUCUCCUGCUUGCUUUCCACCCCAUCCACCCCUGGUUCCCCCUCUCCUGCUUGCUUUCCACCCCAUCCGCCCCUGGUUCCCCCUCUCCAGACUGCUGUCCAUGCAAACCCUGGCCAUACCCCAUUUCCCUCGGGUGGCCCCAUGCCCGCUCCCUAUGUGGUCACUGCGCCCUCCGCCUCUCCUCAAACAACGCAUUACCACUCUUCUGCCACCACCCUUCCUUCUCUUUCCCCUUCCCUUCACCGAGGGCUGUGGCGUUCCCAACACCGUCGCUGUAGCCUCCUCCCCCGCCCCGCGUCCCGCAACAACUUCUCCGAGCAAGGGGAGGGCGAGAGGGCACGGGAGGUGGCGACCACGGCGAAGAGAAGUGGGGGCGAGAGGGCACGGCGGUGGCUGAUGGACGAGCUGGGGGCGCUGGGCGUGGACAGCGGGGAAGAGAAGUGGGUGAGGUGGAGAGUGGGGGUGGGUGAGGUCCGUUCUGCCCCUCACCCCAGCCCCUCCUCCGCACGCCUCGCCUUGCCUCCCCUACUCCUCCUCAGCACCAACUCCUCUGCUGAGCGACCCCAAAGGGACGACUUGGGGGCAGCAUGGGCGAGAGCAGUUGUGGAAACACAGGCGGAGCAGAGGUGGGAGCAUGCGAAGGGGUGGGGAGGGGAAGGGGGGUUUGGGGGACCUUGGGUCAGAACAUGGGAGGGAGCAUGA